AUGGCGCGGCUUGUAAAUACAGAGGUGACUCUGACGAUGGAUAUGCUCGCACAACUACCAAGCAUAACUAUACCCGUCACCCUCGUCUGUGCUGGAAACCGACGGAAGGAGCAAAAUAUGUUCAGGCAAACGAUUGGAUUCAACUGGGGCCCUGGAGCCGUGUCAACAGCUAUAUGGAAAGGCGUACUUGUCAGGGACCUAUUGCUCAACGUUUGCAAGGGAUUUCGGAAGGGCGCAAGAUUUGUCUGCUUUGACGGGUCGGACAAACUCCCCAACGGCACCUACGGCACAAGUCUUUCUGUGGAGAGGGCGCUGAAUCCGAUGAACGACGUGCUGAUUGCAUACGAGAUGAAUGGGGCUCGUCUUACGUCAGACCAUGGCUUCCCCGUCCGGUUAAUCGUCCCAGGCGUCAUUGGUGGUCGAAUGGUCAAGUACCUCUCCAAGAUUACCGUCUCGGAGGCUCGAUCCGAUAGCUGGUACCACUACCAUGAUAACCGAGUCUUGCCGUCGAUUGUCAGCGAUGCCGACAUGGCGAAGCGGGAACAAUGGUGGACCCGACCCGAAUACACCAUCAACGACCUCAACAUCAACAGUGCUAUUUGCUCACCAGCCCAUGGAUCAGCCUUGCCGAUCUCGGAUCCUCAAACCUUGGCCAACGACAUCACCAUCAGCGGCUAUGCCUACAACGGCGGAUGCAAGAAAAUCACUCGGGUGGAGGUGACCAUUGACUCUGGAAAGUCUUGGCUGGUGUCUGAUCUUGAACAUCCUGAGGAAUGGCCAGAGUACCAGUUUUGCGACGACCCGUUCCCGAGGCAAAGAUACUGGUGCUGGUGCUUUUGGUCGAUCAAGGUCCCUGUGCGCCAGCUACUCAACUGCAAGGAUAUCCAAGUCCGAGCCUGGGACAGCACCAUGAACACCCAGCCAAAGGAUCUGAACUGGAAUCUGAUGGGGAUGAUGAACAACUGCUGGUACCGCGUGCAGGUCGAUUUGACCGUUUCUGGGGAGGAUGACGGUGGACUGGUCCUUAUGUUCAACCACCCUACAGUGCCAGGAUCGGAAAGCGGCGGAGGCUGGAUGAGGCCCAAAGGAGAAGGAGUGGACAAGGACAAAAUCGUGCACACGACGAAACCCGCCCCUAUUCUGACUACAGCAACUGCCAAGCGCGAGACGGUGGAGAAUGGGAUACCCGAAGCCGCCAACAACACACCUGCCGCCAGCAAAAUCGGCACUGUACCUUCUGGGGUCGAAUGUUACACGGCCGAGAUGGUUUCCAAGCACUCAACGGAGGACGAUUGUUGGAUCAUUCAUGAUGGCAAGGUCUACGAUUGCACAAAGUUCCUGAAAGAGCAUCCAGGAGGCGCUGACAGCAUCACCAUGAACGCUGGAGAGGACUGUACUGAGGAUUUCGACGCGAUCCACUCGGUCAAAGCCAGAGAGCAGCUCGCCAAGUAUUACUGUGGGGAACUUGUUGCAAGCAUUCCAGAGCCAAGAGAAGGAGGUAUCCAAGCCAAGUCUGUUCCGACUGGGCUACCCACACCGCUGUCAAGCCGUGAUCCGUCCCCAAGUGCCACACCGAUGUCAAGCGGUCUUCCGUCCCCAAGUGCUACCACUCGGACGUUUUUGGAUCCGAAGAAAUGGCAAGACAUAGCGUUGGUGGAAAAGAUCCAUUUGACCCACGACACCAUGCUCUUCCGCUUCGCGUUUGGACAUCCGGAUCAGCUUCUUGGUCUUCCUUUGGGUAAGCACGUGCUUCUGAGGAUCAAGACCAACGAUUCUCUAAAUGUCCGAGCCUACACUCCAACCAGUCUGCCGGAUCGACAAGGCCACUUCGAUCUAGUGGUCAAGAUUUAUUUCAAGGAUACCAAUCCUCGAUUCCCAGCCGGUGGUGUUGUUUCGCAGUAUCUCGGUGCUAUGGCGAUCGGCGACAGCAUUGCGAUCAAGGGUCCUGUCGGAAGCUUCACAUAUAACGGCCAAGGUCGAUACUCGCACUCCUCUGGAAGGAAGGGCCAAUGUCUACAGAUUGGCAUGAUCUGCGGUGGGUCGGGUCUUACUCCUAUGUACCAGGUCAUACAAGCCAUCCUUGCCGACAAGAUGCAAGAUGCAACCAAGGUGUCGCUGAUCUUUGGCAACCGAACAGAGGAGGAUAUCUUGAUGCGCAAGGAGAUUGAGGCCGCUGGCAAUGGACUUGGACCCGACCGCUUCCAACUUUGGCAUGUGCUGUCGGGAAAGCAACCCGAAGGCUGGAAGUAUGGCACGGGCCACAUCAACAAGGAGAUGAUCGAGGAGCACUUGUUCGGAAGGCAGUGGGGCGCUCCAGGCUCGACCGACGAUCUAUCAAGUAGAAUUGUACUGCUUUGUGGCCCUUCCCCCAUGAUCAACCUCUCCUGUCUCCCUGCUCUGACGGAGCUCUACGGGAAGGAGUUUGUAGAUAACAAUGUAUUCUGCUUCUGA